AUGAAAUUGAAAUUACUUCCAUUAGCAAUUUCAUUCCAUUCCUUUACACUCCGUGAUUCCAAUUACAAUGCUUCUUCUUCUUCUUCUUCCUCCGUUCACAGACUCAAGCACAAUUUCAUUGUAGCCUCCAAAAGCAAAAAGCACCGUCACAACGACGCUAAGGGUUCCAAAUCUCAACCAAGUCCACCCAGAAUCACUUCAAACGCCAAGCAAAACCUUCGAAUCCUCAAGACAUUGAAGGAGUACGAAAAACGAAAAUCUAUCACUCCAAAACCUUCCACCAGUUACCGGAAAAAGAAGGCGGAAAAGCAGAAAAUUCGCAAUGGUGACUCUGAUUCUACCUCCUCCAUAGACGAGGACGACACAAAGGAGUUGAUUACAAUAGAUGAUUCUGUUCCUGUGAUGCUUGUUGAUGGCUAUAAUGUCUGUGGAUAUUGGAUGAAGCUCAAGAAAUAUUUUAUGAGUGGCAGACUUGAGCUUGCUCGCCAAUUUUUGAUUGAUGAGCUUAGAACCUUUUCUAUGGUCAGAGAGUUCAAAGUGGUUGUUGUAUUUGAUUCCAUGAUGUCUGGGUUCCCCACUCACAAGGAAAGAUCUGCUAGUAUCGACAUUGUUUUCUCAAGUAAUGUAUCUGCUGAUACAUGGAUUGAAAGAGAGGUUUCAGCUUUAAAGGAGGACGGUUGCUCCAAUGUCUGGGUUGUCACUUCUGACCGCGAUGAACGGCAAUCAACAUAUUUAGCAGGAGCCUUUGUUUGGAGUUGCCAGACAUUGGUAAAUGAGAUCGAGGAAUCACAUAAGGAGGUUGAUGAGAUGCUUCUAGAGCCAAGAAGUUUUUUAAAAGGUUCAUUGUUGAAGCACAGUCUUAGUACAGAAGUAGUGGAUGCUCUGAGGAACCUGAGGCAAAAAUUAUCUGAAAAUGAGAGGCGAAGUUUAUCAAAUCGAAAUUCUUGUAAGAGAAUUUAG